AUGGCCUGGUUGAAGUUCAUCUUCGCCGCCUUGACCCUCAUAUCGCGCGCGUGUGCGGGGAUCAUUUACAAUGGCCAGAUUGACGAUGCCUACGACUUUGUGAUCUGUGGAGGAGGCCUCGCUGGCUUGGUUAUUGCAUCCCGUCUUACAGAGGACUCGAACCAUACCGUGCUCGUGCUCGAAGCUGGCGAUUCUGGUGACGCUGUCAAACAGUCUAUCGAUGUCCCUUCCAAUGCAUACUUUUCCACCCUCCUCGGGACAUCCUACGAUUGGCAAUUCGUCACUACGCCUCAGCCAGGGCUUGGCGGAAAGACUGCACCUUGGCCAAGAGGUAAAGUCGUCGGAGGCAGUUCGGCGGUGAAUGGCAUGUAUCUCGUUAGACCCUCCACUUUGGAAAUGAACGCUUGGAGAAAUUUGUUGGGAGACAUGCCUAACGCGGACGCUUGGGGGUGGGAUAGAAUGUUCGCAUAUAUGAAGAAGUCAGAAACGUUCACUCCUCCUACAAAGGCUGUCCAGGAUGCUGGGGCGAUCCAGUUUGACCCUGCCUCUCAUGGAUCCAGUGGCCCCUUGCACUACUCCUAUCCGGGAUUUAUCUUCCCUAUCGUCGGCAAUUGGACAUCUACAUUAGAUUGGAUCGGUAUUCCUCCUAGUCCCGAUUCUAAUGGAGGAAGCGGGUGGGGAGCAUUCAUAGCAACUUCGGCUAUUAAUCCGUCAAACUGGACCCGAUCUUAUUCGCGCUCCGCGUAUAUAGACCCUCUCCCUCCACGCCCAAACCUCGCCAUUCUACCCAAUGCAACGGUCACCCGAAUCAUCUUCAGCGGAAGCAUAACAAGUGCUAUCGAUGGGUCUACAGGUUUAAAUGCUUCAGCGGUCGAAUUUGCUUCAAACCCUGGGGCAACUAGACGGACAGUUCUGGUGAGGAAAGAAGUCAUCGUGACCGGGGGUGCCAUCGGGAGUCCGAAUAUUUUGAUGCAUUCUGGUGUGGGUCCUAAGGAUAUCUUGAAUAAGGCUGGAGUUCCCAUCAAACACACCCUUCCAGGGGUCGGACAGCACCUUCAGGAUCAUAUUAGUACCCAAGUCGUCUUUCAAUUAACACCUGAGGCUGCCGCCAGUCUCCACCAGGACACGCACACGCCGGGCAUCACAACUUCACGUUUGGCAUCGUUCGUCAACUCGGCGAUUGCCUAUGCCAAUGUCUCUGAUCUGGUCGGACCCGAUUAUGCGCCGACCUUCAAAAAGGAUAUUCAAUCCUACUUUCCAGGGGCAUAUGCGAAGGUUCCUAGCUCGGAUCCCACUGUCAAAGCCGGUUUCGCUGCCCUUUAUAACACGACGUUGAAUAAUAUCCUGCUUACCCGCGCGGGACAAGUCGAGCUUUUGUUCUCCCUCAUGGACUCGGUUUCAGGAGGCACUCAUGUGGCAAUCCAGGCUGCAUUACAGCAUCCAUAUAGUGCGGGGUCCUUGUACAUCCAGAAUAACGAUCCCUUCGCCGCCCCUAUCAUCGAUCCUCAGUACCUGUCUAAUGAGGCAGGCAAGUGGUAUAUUGUCAUGCUUCGCGAAGGGUUGAAGCUUGCGCGUACUCUGGGUGUAACCCAGCCUCUCAACUUGAGCAUCGCAACAGAGCUCAUACCAGGUCCCAAAGUGAACACAGAUCCUGCAUGGGAUGCCUGGCUUGCGACACAGGUGGGAACUGAGUUUCAUCCCUCUGGUACUUGUGCCCUGCUCCCACUCUCUUUGGGUGGUGUGGUGGACGCGAAUUUGAAAGUCUAUGGACUCGCCAAUGUCCGUGUUGCUGAUUCGAGUGUAUUUGCGUUGGAGUUUGCGGCGCAUUUGAUGGCCCCCACGUACGGUCUGGCAGAGCAGGCGUCUGACCUCAUUCGCGAGACGUAUUGGGUCAACAAGCCAACGAGUACUACUUCGUCCGGCGCUCAGAGUAGGACGGGAAGUCCAUCGUCUACCGCGCCACCAUCAUCCACGAGUAGAAAAUCUGCCUCGUCUCAAUUAGAGGCUCCUUCAUUGUUCGGAGGCGCAUUGGCGCUUCUUGCAAGUCUUUUCGUUUUCUGA